GACACACUCACACGCACACACACACACACACUCACUCACACACUCAAACACACACACACACACACACACACACACACACACACACACACACCUGACGGAGCAGCGGCUGCAUUCUUUCAUUCAUCAUGUUUGGAAUGAUUAAAAACUGGUUGUUCGGAGCCACUGAAGAAACUGAGUAUAAACUACUGAGCACUGAGACCAAGGAUGGUGUCUGUUAUGAGGUGCGUCGCUAUGAUGCCGCUAAGCAUGUGUCAGUCAGUCUGGAGGGGCGGAGCUUCGAUCAGGCAUCAGGUGAACUGAUGCGGAAGCUUCUCAUGUACAUGAGUGGCAGUAAUGAACAAGGUGAGGUGAUGAACACGCCGAUCCCCGUCAUCUUUACUGUGUUUCCGCGUGACGACGGGACGUUAAACCGACGUCUGGUUGCGGCACUUCGAAUCCCGAUGAGUUUCCAGAUCAGCCCCCCCACUCCAUCCGACAGCGCUAUUAAGAUUGAAGAACGUCCCGGAAUCACAGUAUAUGCACUGAAGUUCAGUGGUUUUGCAGGUGAGAGUGAGUUCCGCGCAGAAGCGUCCCGCCUCACCUGUACACUUGGAGACUCCGCCCCCUUCCAGCGCAAACAAUAUCUCUGCUGCACCUACGACCCAUCAAUCAAACCUUAUGGACGCCGCAAUGAAGUGUGGUUUCUGCAGGAGGAGCCCUGAGACACACUCACAUGACUACACAAUAUUUCAUUUAUUGAUUUUAAAGUUUUUUUCUUUUCAUUUCUUUUACUAUGACGUCAUUUUAGUGCUAUGUCAAAAUAAAACAAAAAUCUACGGUUAGAAGAAUAAAGUCAAAGUUUCGAGAAUAAAGUCGUAAUAUUUUGAGAAUAAUGUUGUAAUAUUUUGAGAAUAAAGUCAAAACUACGCGAUUAAAGUCAUAAUAUUUUGAGAAUAAAGUCGUAAUAUUAUGAGAUUAAAGUCGUUAUAUUUUGAGAUUAAAGUCGUAAUAUUAUGAGAUUAAAGUCGUAGCAUUAUGAGAUUAAAGUCGUAAUAUUUUGAGAAUAAAUUCAAAACUACAAGAUUAAAGUCAUAAUAUUUUGAGAAUAAAGUCGUAAUAUUUUGAGAAUAAAGUCAGAAUUACGAGAUUUAAGUCCUGGCAUUAUGAGAUUAAAGUCGUAAUAUUUUGAGAUUAAAGUCGUAGCAUUAUGAGAUUAAAGUCGUAAUAUUUUGAUAUUAAAGUCGUAAUAUUUUGAGAUUAAAGUUGUAGCAUUAUGAGAUUAAAGUCGUAAUAUUUUGAAAUUAAAGUCGUAAUAUUUUGAGAUUAAAGUCGUAGCAUUAUGAGAUUAAAGUCGUAAUAUUAUGAGAUUAAAGUCGUAAUAUUUUGAAAUUAAAGUCGUAGCAUUAUGAUAUUAAAGUCGUAGCAUUAUGAUAUUAAAGUCGUAAUAUUUUGAGAUUAAAGACGUAAUAUUUUGAGAUUAAAGUCAUAGCAUUAUGAGAUUAAAGUCGUAAUAUUUUGAGAUUAAAGUCAUAUUUUGAGAUUAAAGUCUUAAUAUUUUGAGAUUAAAGACGUAAUAUUUUGAGAUUAAAGUCGUAGCAUUAUGAGAUUAAAGUCGUAAUAUUUUGAGAUUAAAGUUGUAAUAUUUUGAAAUUAAAGUCGUAGCAUUGUGAGAUUAAAGUCGUAAUAUUUUGAGAUUAAAGUCGUAAUAUUAUGAGAUUAAAGUCACAAUAUUUUGAGAUUAAAGUCAUAGCAUUAUGAGAUUAAAGUCGUAAUAUUUUGAGAUUAAAGUCGUAAUAUUUUGAAAUUAAAGUCGUAGCAUUGUGAGAUUAAAGUCGUAAUAUUUUCAGAAUAAAGUCAUAAUAUUUUGAAAUUAAAGUCGUAGCAUUAUGAGAUUAAAGUCGUAAUAUUUUGAGAUUAAAGUCGUAAUAUUUUGAGAUU